AUGGCUGAAGCUUCAGGUCAAGAGGACUUCUCAGUCCUUACCAUUUCACUUCCUCCACUCCCAUCAUACCCUGUGCAGACUACACAUUCCGUCUAUCUUAAAAGGAACGCCAAGAUCAUCACUAAAAACGACACGCGAAGUCUCUUCCUCGUCAACGUGCCUGUGGACAGCACCGAGGCCCAUCUUCGAGGCAUCUUCUCCAGCUUGGUAGGCGCUGGCAAGUUCGAAGCUGUCACCUUCGAACAGGACUCAAAAACUUCCCAAACAUCCCAUGAGCCUGGACAAGCUGUUCGGCUAGCGGCGCUCGGCAAGCGGAAGCGAGAAGAACAAGAAGCACAGAAUAAGAAGGACGAAGAGGCUGCACAGCUGCCAGCCAUCUGGUCGCGGCCACUACGCCGAAGCGGUAGCACCGCCGUGGUUUUGCUUGCCGAUGACAAGAGCGUCGACCUGGUACUCAGGGCCGUGAAGAAGCUCCAGAAGACCAAGAAAUAUCCGGUUUGGGGCGAGGGGGUUGGUGAAAAGACCCCGUCAUUAGGCUCGCAAUGGCUCAAGGCACACAACAAGCUCUCUUAUCCAGGCAACGAGGUUAUGCAGGAUAUGGUCGAUGCAUACUUCACCGUUUACAACAGGAAGGAGGUUGAAGCCAUCAAGCUGGCCAAGGCCAUGCAGAAUGAACCUGAUGAAGAUGGUUUUAUUACUGUCACCAAGGGUGGCCGCACUGCACCUGCCAGGCAGGAAGAAGCAGAAGAAGCCAGGAAGAAGAUGUUGGAGAGACAGCAGAAGAAGAAGGACGAGACCGGCAACUUCUACCGCUUCCAGUUGCGCGAGAAGAAGAAGGCCGAACAGGCCCAGUUCUUGCAGAGUUUCGAAGAGGACAAGUCCAGGCUCAGAGCUAUGAGGGACAAGAGGCGAAGAAUUCAGCCAGACACUUGA